ACAGAUUUAGUGUACAGGUGCUUCAUCGGUGGCCUAGCCAGGGCUACCACCGACGAGGCCCUCCUUGAGGACUUCAUCACGUACGGCAACGUCGUCGACUCGAAGAUCCGUUAG